ACUCCUUCCCUGUCCAGGUUACCAUACAGUGCGUGGAUGGAAGCAAGAUUCCCUGCUCCAUCUCAAACGAGCCAACCACUUUGUAACUUAAUUCCUACCUACGACAACAGCUCCAAGCUUAAACCAAGCUCUACCUUACCUUACUUUUCUUUACCACUUCAGAGGGACUCUCGUUCGUUCUUAUUCUGUCAUCAUUAGAUAAUCUGUCACCCCUACCUAUCUUUCUCCACUGAGUGACCCAGCCAGCCAGCAAGCAAGCAAGCAAGCAAGCAAGCAAGCAAGCAAGCUACCUACCUACCUAUCUACCUACCGCUAUCUCGUCGCGCCUAGCGGACGAUGUGAAUGAGCUACAGCUAUGGAUGCCAACAUCCAACGUGCCCUUAAUGAUAAGCUCUACGACAAACGCAAGAUCGGGGCUCUGGAGCUUGAACGUGUAAUUAGAGAUCUCGUCAGUGUCAAGGACUAUCAGCGAGUCCAUGAUAUUCUGGAGCAGCUGUGUAAUGACUAUGCGUACGCUGUGCAUCAGCCUCAUGCUAGAAAUGGCGGUUUAAUAGGCCUCGCUGCCGCCGCUAUUGCGCUUGGUCCGGAACUACCGAGAUAUCUCGCCAAGAUUGUCCCCCCUGUCCUAGCAUGUUUCACCGACCAAGAUGCAAGAGUAAGGUAUUAUGCUUGCGAGGCCAUGUACAAUAUAGCCAAGGUUGCAAAGGGAGAAAUAUUGGUGUAUUUUAAUAGUAUCUUUGAUCAGCUUUGCAAGCUUGGGGCGGACUCGGAGCUGUCAGUCAAAAACGGAGCGGAACUGCUGGAUCGACUCGUAAAAGAUAUUGUAUCUGAGUCUGCUGCUUCAUAUGUCUCUAUCCUUGAGACACCGCCGGAGUUCGAUGGCGAUGACAAAGUGUCGCUAGGCGAGAACUCUCACUUGCCAACAGCGUUCUCCCUGCCUCGAUUUAUCCCACUCUUGAAAGAGCGCAUUUGGGUUAUUAAUCCUUUCACUCGGCAGUUCCUCGUGGGAUGGAUCACGUUACUCGAUUCUAUACCCGACCUGGAGCUUGUCACGUAUCUCCCGGACUUCCUUGGAGGUCUUCUCAAGUUCCUAUCUGACCAGAAUUCGGACGUGAGGGUUGCCACACAAACCUGCUUGGAUAAGUUUUUGAACGAGAUCAAGCGCAUUGCGCGUAUAAAGAAGGGCAUCUUGGAAAGCAAACGGUCUAAAGAGGGUGCCAAGCGGAAACGACAAGACUCGAUCGAUAGCGAAUCGAUAAACCCUGACUUUGAGGAAGGAGAUGAGCUCGACUCAGACGCCGCACUCGAUGAUGAUGACGAUAGUGGAGAGGAUUGGAUUCCCGGACAAGAUGUCGAGAUAAACUACAAGGAGAUUCUUCAGAUACUUACUGCCACGCUCGAUUCUCCGCUAGAGGAGGAUUGUCUCCUCGAGUCACUAAGAUGGGUUGUUGAAUUUCUAGAUAUUUGCCCUGAAGAAGUCCUUCCCUUUACGCCCAAGAUCCUCGCCCAUAUGCUUCCAGCUAUGGCCAGCACCAAAGAGACCAUCCAUCAAGCAGCAACCCGGGUCAACACAUGCCUGAUGGACUAUGUCGUUUCGCUCUCUGACGACUCGGAGUUGAGUCAACCGCCGCCUCCUGCUCAACCGCCUCAACACCUCUCAACCUCUCGACUGUCAGUUCCCGGAGAAAAGGGACCCGAGAGCAACAACAGCAACAGAGCAUCCCUAUCAAGCUCCAGAGACCUCGAUCUCCGCAGUCCUACGCCUGCUCAAGGCCGCUCAAUAUCGACUCCCGCUGAUAUCAGUGUUACGCAGACACAAGCUGAUCUGGACUACGCCGCCGCCGUCAACUCUCUGACUCUCCUCUUCCUCAACGAUCACGAAGCGACCCGGGUGGCGGCCUUGACGUGGCUUAUUAUGCUACACAGGAAAGCUCCCCGAAAGGUCCUCGCUUUCAACGAUGGCACGUUCCCAGCGUUGCUCAAGACAUUAUCCGAUCCCUCAGACGCCGUGGUUACCAAGGAUCUUCAACUUCUCUCACAAAUCUCGAGGAAUACAGAGGACGACUACUUUGCAAAUUUCAUGGUCAAUCUCUUACAACUUUUCUCAACAGAUCGAAAGCUGCUUGAAACUCGAGGAAAUCUCAUUAUUCGGCAACUGUGUUUAAGCUUGAGCCCGGAGAGGAUUUACAGGACACUGGCAGACUGCAUCGAGAAAGAGGAAGACGUCGAAUUCGCAAGCAUAAUGGUGCAGAACCUCAAUAACAACCUGAUUACUGCUCCACAGCUAGCAGACGUUCGAAAAAGAUUACGAAACCUUGAAACAAAGGACGGUCAAACGCUAUUCGUGGCAUUGUUUCGAUCGUGGUGCUAUAAUGCUGUCGCUACCUUCUCGCUUUGCUUGCUCGCCCAAGCCUACGAGCAAGCUUAUAACUUGCUACAGAUCUUCGGCGAAUUGGACAUGACAGUCAACAUGCUCAUUCAAGUAGACAAACUCGUACAGCUUAUCGAGUCACCCGUCUUUACUUACUUACGACUACAACUACUGGAACCUGAGAAGUACCCAUACUUAUACAAGUGCAUGUAUGGUAUCCUCAUGCUUCUACCGCAGUCCUCGGCAUUUGCCGCGCUGAAGAACAGACUCAAUAGCGUCAGCUCUAUAGGCUAUCUACAUGCAGCACCUCGAACGUAAGUUGAAGAUUGCUUUAUAGUGGGCGUGUUGGGCAAGGGUUGCUUAGCUCUGAACUCCAAGCUGCAUGUACUAGCUUUUGUGGUAAGCUAACCUAUGGGCAGGGCUCCUCCAGCUACAAGCAGCUCCAAUUUUGACAGACCCAAUCGACUCAAGAGCAGGGAAGAUGGGAACAUACGAUGGGUUGAGCUACUGGAAAAGUUCCGAAGUGUGCAGGAACGAGCUAGACGCGCGCAGCGUCAGAACAACAUGGAUGGUGACGAAAUACCACCAAUUGGGGUCAGUGAACUCCGCAUUGGCGAUGGAGCGGUAGACGUCAAAGGCAAGGAGACACGGGGUGUCGGCUUGCAAACGAUUCCCCAGAAAGAGCCAGCACCCGCUCCUCCAGUGCCGGCCAAAAGAAUUGGGUUGGGUAGACAGUUUGGAAGGUUGGGUGGCGCCGUGGCAGGUAAAGGGCGGCGAAACCCAUAGCGACUGAUUCCAGUUUGGUUAUAUAGAUAGGUAUUGAGCGUUAUUUGCCUGGUGUGUCGACUUGAUGCGGAAGUACAGUUGACAGCGUCCAAGGUUCAUUAAUGUAUAGUAUCGGGCCAAGGAUCAAAUAAAACAAGCUCAGCGUCGUCGCUUAACAGGA